AAAUAUGAACUGCAAAUACCCUCUUAUUUGGUUUGGGAUUCUGAAGCCCUCUGGCGUCAUGUUCUCUGCAAAGAGACUUUUCUCUCUUUUAUCUCUCACAUGAGAUUCAAGAGAAGGAAGAAGAGGAAAAUGAAAAGGACCUACAAAAUAAAAAGCUAAAAAGAGAGAUAAAGGGACAAGGAAUGAAGGACGACUGGCUUGCAAGAGUCCUUCGCCUUUUGAUUCUCUAGUCCAGGUUCGGUGCCAGGACCUCUCUCUCGUCCCCAGAGAUCAACGGUGGAUGUUCGAGGAGUCCAAAGUCAAUGGCCUGGCUUUGCACGUUGCAACAUUGUUAUGACUUGACUCUCAUUGUUGUUGUUGUUGGGAGUUUUUGGGAAUCUUGUUAAGAGAAAGAAUCUACGCUUAAAGCACCGACGGUACUUCCUACGACCAUGUCCGACAAUUAAAAAGACGAGAGUAUGCCGCCUAGGCAACGUAAGCCUCCACGUCGCUAUAGAGAUGAGGGAUCGAUACAUGGAAGUGGCGGUGAAGCACCUCCACCUCCACCUCCACCAGCCCAUCCUCUACCCAUGCCUGACUUGGGACAGUUCGUGGCAGCCUUGAUGGAUGCCAUACCUAGACGAGCUGAGCGAAACGAAGUGGUGGGUUGUUCAUCGACCACUUUCUUCAAGCAUAACUCACCUUGGUUUGAUGGGAGUGAAGGACCUAUGGCUGCUGACAAUUGGGUCUCCAACUUCCAAGACCUUGCUGAUACCCUCAGGUGCACUGAUAGCCAAAAGGUCGAUUAUGUAGGGUUGAAGUUAGACGGAGAAGCCCGACUCUGGUGGAAGGCCAUAAAAGAACUCAUCGCCGAAGAGUUAGGGCACGGAGUUCCCAUUCCAUGGGAGCGAUUCAAGAUGGAGUUCAACAAUCGCUUCUUCUCACGAGCAUAUAGACAACAAUGUGCACGAGACUUCCAAGACCUAAAGCAGGGGAACAUGACAGUUGAGCAAUACUUAGCUGAAUUUCUGAAGCUGUCAAGGUUUGCUCCUCACUUUAUUCCUGAUGAAGAAACCAAAGCCGAGAGGUUCCGUGACGGUUUGACACCGGGGAUUCGUGAGAGGAUUAUUUUCCUUGAGGUCACCGAUUACUUCAAGAUGGUGCACACUGCUACCAUGGCUGAAAAAGGGAUUCGUGAGGCAGCUGCAGACUAUGUAAACAGGAAGCGGUCGAUAUCCACUUGGACAUAUUCUUCUCCCCCACCAUCCAAGAGGCAUGCUCCGAGAAGUAGUACUGGGCCUCAGGGAAGAAAUAGCACUACUACUAGCCUAGGUAGUGAUAACUGCCCACAGUGUAGCAAAUGCGGGAAGUCGCAUAGGGGAGAGUGCAGACUGGGGACAAAUACGUGCUUCAAGUGUGGCAAGACUGGCCACUUUGUUAGAGAGUGCACACAAGCAAGUAUGGGAAGAGGACAAGGGUCGCAGACAAGCGUCAAUCAACCAAGGCAAGCAGCUAUUUGCCAUUAGUGGAAUUUGCUUAUAAUAACAGUUUUCAAGCAACUAUUGGCAUGGCACCGUAUGAGGCAUUGUAUGGGCGCAAAUGUCGAUCGCCUUUGUAUUGGGAUGAGGUUGGCGAGAGACAGCUGUUGGGGCCUGAAUUGGUGCAAGAAACGAAGGAAAAUA